AUGUCUACCGCAACCUCUAUAGACGAGCAGCUUCAAUCACCUUCCAAGGAGCUCAAUCCAGACGAGACUAAGCCGUCAGGUAACCCAAGUAUUACAUCAGAAUAUGAGUAAACACACUUGAGGUCAUCGGCAUAAAUAGACGCUUGCGAGUUUCUGCUUUCAGUCGAAAUAUCAUUGAUGUAAAGAAUGAAAGGUAGCGGACCCAUAACCGUGUCUUGAAGUACGCCACGCGUGAUCGAGUGAGGUGUUACCAAGCAUGACUUUCUGAUAUCGGUUGGAUAGAUAGGACCUGAUGAAGUAGAGUAGAGGCGGCCGGAUGCCGACAGCUUUCAAUUUUACCAAAAGACUCUGUGAGACCUUGUCGAAGGCUUUGCUAAGAUCAAAGAUCACUGACUGCUGUUCAUUACGAAGAGAAGUGAUUAGAUUAUGAAAUGCCAAGUAGCAAGUUUCGCGGUAUCAUUCAGGUAAAAAUCCGUGCUGAUUAGAGCUCAGAAGUCGGUUAACAAGGCGGAAGUCGUAAAUUUCAUUGAAAAUAGUCCUUUCAAGAAGUUUUGCUAGAGACGGUGUUUUGUGCACGCCCCGAUAGUUACUAAUGUCGGACCGAGAUCAAAAUUUGAAGACAGGAAUGAUAAUUGACGUUUUCCAUGUUUCAGGCAAGAGUCCUUUUGAAAUAUAGACCGAGAAUAAAUGACUAAGCAAUAUGGGAAGGUCGAAUGUCUAUUUAAUAAUCUACUUUGGAAUCCCAUACGUUCCCGGUAGUGUGAGUAUUUCAAACGACUUAUGUGUUUGUUAAUGAGAUCUGAGUAGACAUAGAUUAUAUUCAGUGUCCUAUAUGAAAGUAAAUGAAAGAAAGGGACAUGUUUGGACUCAGUAUUAAGGUGUUUUGCAAAGAAAGCACCGAAUAACUCAACCUUGUCAGUGACAUCGAUUAUGAGGAUUUUGUUAUCGUUUAGCAGCGGCGGAAAUUCGUGAUCACGCUUAGACAAGGACCGAGGACGGAAGAUGUUAGCGACAGAAUUGCCAGGGUUUGAUUCAUUGAGAACAAGUGAUUCUCUUUGCCUAUCGCGCGCUUGUCGCAUCCUUGAGGCCAUUUCAAAAAUCUCUGUGAUUCUAAGAUGAACUGAUAAGGAACUAGUGGAUAGGUCGAGCAGCUGCUGUCUCAGCUUUUUUAGAAAAUGACGAACAGGGGAAUCUGAAUAAUUAGGUUUGAGAUAUAUAAGCGACACUAAUUCUAGGCGGUCCUUCGAAAUAUUGGACAUGAUAUCACGAAGAAUGGUUCCAUCGCUACAUAAGAGAAAGCCACACCAAUCCACUGACUUAAUAUACUGAUUUCUUAAAUCGUAGUUUACGUAAGAGCGAACUGUGCUAGUCUUUUUUGAAAACGCAAGCGGUAAGCAACAAUGAAUUAAUACGUGGUCACUGUCAAAGAGGUCCUUUUUUAAAGCAACAGAAAGAGGAGCAAUGUCAUUGGUAAGGAUUAGAUCUACAAUGGGAUUAUCUCUUGUUGGAGAGCGCACCAUUUGGGACCAAUUAGAAAAAUUGACAAUAUCUUGAAAGGACUGGAAUCUGGGUGGGCAGCUAUUGGAAACCCAGUCAAUUUCAGGAAGGUAAAAAUCCCCAGUGAUUAUUAUAACAUCGAAAGCAACUUCCGAAAUUAAUUUAAAGAUUUCACAGAGUUAUGAAUCAUCACUGGCUGAAGAGUUUGGGGGAUUGUAGAUACAGCCAAUAAUUGCCUUUCUUUGCGGUUAGAGAAUAACAGAUGCGAAGCAGAAGUUUCCUAUGAGUGAGGAGACGUCCAGGUAAUACGGAGAGUGCUUUAGGUAGGAUUUAAGAUAAAGAAGACAACCGCCCACACGCCUAGUCGUGCGGUCUUGACGGUAAAAAUCGAAGUCACCUAUAAAAAGGGCAGAGUCAGAAAUUGGAGAAUCGGUUCAAGAUUCUGUUACACACAUAAUAUCCGGCGCCAUUUCGAGAGCAAUGGCUCUGAUUUGGUCAUCCUGUUUAUAACAGCGCUGGCAUUCAUUAAUAUAAUAUCCAAUGUGUUCCGAACAGCAAGGUUAUUGUCGACUGUACUUCGACAAAAGUUUGGAGGUGGAUAUGUGAGCUGUGAAUUAAUGAUGCUUGAAGAAUAAGUGCAAGUUAGUCUAGAGUUAUUGGCGUAUGGAGAGUCAGCAAGAGGAGGCUGGGCAUGAGACCUGAAGGAUGUGGGAAUAUAGUUUUCGAGCAUUGGAACGCUAGGGAGUAAGAACAGGAAUAGGCUUGUUGGUAGUUAUUUUGUGGAGGAGGGGACGUCUAGAGGGAAGGCGGGGGCUGGUGGAGAACGGUAGGUAGCUAUAAGAAUGAAGGGGUGGGGCACCACGUCUAGGUUGAAAGUCAAAGGAGUUAGGUUUACUUACCUAAGAGCCGUUGACCCUAAGUGUUGGGAAGCCUGGACUAGGUUGGGGGUUAAAUGACUUAGGGCAAUUCCUUUAUGAAUUAUUUACUGGAUAUAUAAUAGGGCUUUUGUAAGUAACCGGUACGCAGGACAGAGAAUUAUUUGGGGGUAUAAUUGGAGCUGCGAGGUUUGUAAACGAACUGGGCUGUAAAGGCUUGGUAGAUCUAAUAGAAGGCGGCUUACCCCUAAAUGGAAUUGUAUUACCUUUCUUUUGGGUCGGAGUCUGAUUCAUUUUUGGAGUCUCACCGUUCUGACGAUAAGCCACAGGUGACUUAACUGUAGCGCUUGCAGCACCCUGUUGAAAUGGAGAAGUUAUCGGUCUGGGUGAUGUAGACGGAGUUUAAUACGUCCCAGUGGGGCUAUCCGGAGGAUAAGAAACGACAAAUGGGACUGUUGUUGCUGCUAACGUAGGGACAGGCGAAUACGUCUGGUGGCCUGAGUGAGAUGGACAUUUAGGAGUAAGGGGAAGGAGGGAGUCAGAUGUCUCAGGAGUAGGACCAGCUGAAUCCUCAAGGCCACUUGUAAAGUGACCGACUUAGUGAGCAUUAGGCUAAGAAGCACCGGGUUUACGUGAGAAAAUGGACCCGAUUAUUCGUCCAUGGGAGUGAGAUCGUGACAAAGGAAAAAUUUUGCAUUUUCCAGGUAUUCAGAGACAAGCUCUCGAUGGGCAAAUAUUGAGUCGACCUCGAUUGAUGAAGAUAAUUUGACUAAGUUGGGUAGGUUUUUUCUACGUGAUGACAAGCGUUUUACAUUGGUUAUUUUGUGGUUGGAACCACACGAAUACCGGAAAUCAGUCGCAAAAACAACUGGCCUACCAGAUCGAGGAACAUUUUUCAACAAGAAGUUGUAAGCACGCUUUUGUUUAUCACUAGAUUCACUGGUAAUCAGGUGAACAAGUGAGUCAAGACGCCUACAUUCUUGAGAGGGGAUAUCGGAGGAGUUUCCGUCGAAUAAUUUUCCAAGAAUUGAGAGCAGAGGGCCAAACUUUAAUAUAAAAUCAUUGCAGUUCGAAAGUGCAGAUAGAUUAAGCUGGCUAUCGGUUACAACGGGUGACGACUGAGUAGAAAUACCAUCUGACUUACAUUUAGGUGAGCCUUCUGUAUCAAAUUUAGUUAAGUCUUUUGAGUUGGAUUUAGUUAAGUCAUGCUUACGUGCAGAGGCCGAGAGCAUUUGCCGACCAGUGACAUUUACUCUCAGUCAUUGUUGUAUAGUAUGUCAGCAUUAAAGUUAUGCGACUUUAUUGUCUUUGCUGUUCUCGAUGCGGUACAUCGUGUUCAGUCAGUGUUUAUCUAACUGGCGGCCGAGGAUUUAUUCGUAAUUGCCAUUAAAAUAAUCCCGAUGCUGGCGGGGUUUGCGUCCGGGGAGUACUAUCGCGGAGGCCUAAAUGGUAUCCAGCUGUCUCAAACGGAUUUUGCUAUUGGAAGCGCCUCUAGGGUUUGUAUUUCUUAUACUUUUGGUUCAUGAGGCUGCUAAACUUCUAUCGAUAUCCAGCCAUAUCACUUAAUAUAAUGUCCAGAUUACCUGACGUUAAAUAAUCCCAUGGUCAGCUGCUCAGUUUCAUUCGGAAUAUCGACCUGCAGAUGGCAGGUCGGCGAUCCGUUCAGCAGAAGAUACAACAUAUUUUAGUCUCGAGCGCGCUUCGCUGUGUACGCUUCCAGAUAAAAUGUAUUCCAUUAGAUGGCUGUAACACGAGUGAGGCUGAAUCCACAUCGCCUUUCAGGCAUCAGAGUACAUGUGAAGGUGCUGAUCGGGUGAGGAUUGUCUUCCAGGUAGGCUCGGGGAAGCAGAAGGCAAUUUAGCUUGCGACGGUCAGUGAAAUGGCGAUCGAACACUUCAUUCAGGGAAUCAUGGCCAUAGCCGACGCUGACGUUCAGGUCUCCUAGGACAGUUGAUUUAUCUGCCUUAGUCACAGUUGCUGGGAGGGGUGCGGGCCAUCGUAGAACAUUUCACAUCGUUGUUGGCCGUUGACGUGACAUAAGUCCUGCCGAUGGUGUCGACUUUUUUUCCUAGAAGUGACAGUGUCAUGGUCAUGAGACAAUCAUUGACGCUUUUCGACAGGUACGACUGCCGUCUUACAACGUCGUUCCCGAUGACGAAGGCACCACUGACUUCGCGUUGCAAUGCCCUUUGACGUCCGCUCCAAACAAACGUACGCUUGACGCCCAACUCCGCCAGUUUUCCCUACUCAGUGAAGCGGAUCUCAAGCAGAGCCUUAGUGACUGCUUUGUAGUGGACAAGCUCUAACCCGCCCUCCCGCGAGGGAGUAACCAAUGACAUCCCUAAAAAAGCUCGUUUGUCCUCUCAUUCGGGCGCCUAAUCUAAUUAAAGGUCUUGAGUUUGGUUUUGUGGAGAGAAGAUCUGAGCUAAGUGGGACACCGAUGGGAUUGCAUGUCGUCUUAUUCGCAGGGCAUGUGUGCUUGCUGUGGGGCGAGGGCUUUUACAGUAGGAAUUAGGAACUACCAAACGUGAUGAUAAACAAAUGCCGGACACAAUUACGUGGUCUAGCUCACCGCUAAAAAGCCGACAACCUGGGCAUAGUAGUCGCGCUGUGUACGGCUUCGUGGAGUCACAGAUGAGAAAUGGGUGCCAGGACAGAGCGUAGCAGAAACAUUUACGGAUCCACACAUGAAUUAGGCUGGGACUGUCUUCACACUGUCUCAGGCACUUCUUACCCUAUAAUUAUGCCUGCACUAUAUGACCCAAUCAGCUUGGCACAUUCUACAUUUUCUUGCACACUGACAGUGCAUGUGCGACAUGGUAUAUUUGUCAGCGUACUGCUGCACAGCGUCCAUCCGACAGCAUUUACGAACCUUUUAAGACCACUACAAAGUAGAUCCCGUUCACGGCUCUCCGGCACUCAUUCUGGACAAGACAUGAACUAUUAUUUAAAAACGAAAUGGCAUGAGUCAUCCUCUAAAUGAAUAAUUAAAUCCACACCACUUCGAUUACCGUUGUGGUGUUUCUGGGGGUAUUGGCGAGGCAUCAGUGCAACAUCUCGAGUAUAGGAACGACCCAUAGUACGACGCUCCCGAUUUGUCCAUUAUAUAUGGCUCCACACAGGAUGCUAUCUCUGAAGUUCUGGUAGAAUUUGCUUAAACAUAUUCCUUCACCAAUAAAUUCUUAGCAUUUCCGUUAGCUGACUUUCUUAUUUUGAGCCAUGGACAAACAAACAUUAUCAUUUUUUCCAAAGUCUUCCUACCCUUGGUUUAUGCGCCAUUCUCGUGAAAAUUUUAUCAGAAAUCGACAUAAAUAGCUAGACAUGCGAGCAUCUUCUAAGAGAAUGAAAUGUCUUACUGCUGCUGCAAUUUACUUUUCGGGGUGUGUUUUAAUAUAUCAAACGAGGUAAAUAUUUCUGCUCGGGUUAAAUUUUGCAUCCAUUUUUGCGUUGGGGCUCAGUUUCGUCUCCCUUUUAAAGGUUUGGCUGCCUCUUUUUUUGUCAACGUACGUAUUCUUGAUUAAAUCGCCUUAAUCCAUAAAAUCUCCCAUGCUCGGCUUCUAUUGUCAAACCUUGUUUUUGUGCGAUUAUCCUUACUGAAUCUUAUCGGCGACUUUUAACUUAGUUUCGGCGUUCACAUUAUUUUUCGUUCUAAUAACUUCUCAGUAUAUAGAUCUCAAAUUCAUCUUAUUUCCGAUUGGUGUCAUUCUUCCUGUUGCUGAAUCUUUUAUACCAGCGCCGUCGUGGCUCGGAUAACUGGUGCCACCUAGAGGGCAAAUUUUCCUGCUUUCUUUUGCCAGACUUUGACAUCGCCAAGCAUCGUUUGCUUGUCGCUGUUUAGAUCUGAAGAUUUUGUUGCUUUGGACACAAUGACAUUAUCAUGCCUUUUUAUGCUGAUGUCUUUAUACCGCGUUAACUUGUACGUAACCUAAUAUCGCCUAAUUACUUUUGAUGUACUUCCGUUCGCUCUUCUAAACCACUUUUGCUUGUCUGACUGCGUCCAGUGCAGCGAGUGUUUGAGUACGGCCUACCGUUAAUCCCUUUAGUAUUGCUAUUUGCUGCUCGUUAACCGAAGAUGCCCGAUUUUGCUUCGUAUCUUUGAUUGCGCCAGCGAUGGAGGCAUGUCAAUUUUAUGUGAGCAGUCUUUAUUUAAAUUUUCUUUAUGCAUUUUUUUAAUACACUAUCUUUACUUACAAUUUUCCUUCCUAUCUCUGUCCAUUCAUGACGCGUUAGCAAAAUUUAUCAUGCGCAACCACUUUUACCCCAUCUCUAUCCAACUGCGAUGUAAUCUAUUACCAUAGGUAGAGAAACUGGAGCCUAACUUUACGCCUUUUCAACUGCAACCGCGCGGACCCACUCCACCACUUCAGGGUCCUGGUAACGCAUGUCGUAUGCCUACGCCCAUGUCGAUGUCUGGACCUCAGCAUCAACAACUCUCGGCUCAGCAUUCUCAAAUUCAUUCACUUUCUGGCCCAGCUGCCGGUCCCAUGAAUAUCGGUGGUAUGAUGUCCGUAAAUCCAGGGAUGCCUUCAAUGCAAGGCCAGGUCAUGCCACCUCAUGGGGCUGUUCCUGGCCUACAUUAUCCCGGCCACGGCCUCCCUCCCCUUCCUCCUGGCCACGAGCGUGAACACUUAACGUCAAUGCCUAUGUCCAUUCAACAAAUUGGCCCAUCCAUGUUGCAUCAUCAUGGUCUGCCGAUGGGAAUUCCUUCUAUUGCCUCGCAUCAAAUCCCCGGUCCUAUUCCGCAUGGACAUCCGCACCAUCUUCAUCAUCCCCACGGUCCAUUACAGAUGUACGUUCAAUUUUCUUGUUUUUGUAUUGUUAACUUCGUAUUGAAUGGGUGGAUUCCAGGUAGCCUUCCAGAAGAAACAGAGGCGAUUACCGGGAGGUUACUUCUGUUUUGGCGUUUUAUGCAGCGAUUUCAGUCAUCCUUGUUUAGAGAAAAUCGAGUCGUGUGGUCAGCUCUCGUAGGGACGGCUACUUACACGUGAAUAAUUUUAUAAUUAAAGCAGAUUUGCGAAGCAUUGACGCACUCCUCCCCCACAUGCCCCAAAGUCCGACAAAGGCACUCUGACAUGGCGAUCGUCGUCCACUUAGCCCCUCUUUGUACACUGCUUUCUUGGUUGAAUAUCCAUCCAAAGACUAGUUUACAAACCAGGCAACCCAGCUUAUGCCAAGCAUCAUAAUCCCAAGGGGACGCAAUAUCCUGCAUUCCGACUCUAGAUUCGGGCGCCUGCGACUUACGACGGGUCUGAAUUACUAUCAGUAACUGCUGUGAAUGCGAACUGACCCUGAACUCAAGGUGUAAGUGCGCAUCAUAGGCUAAAAUAUGAGAACUUAUUGUUUUAACAAUGCGACGUCCGAAGUUGUUAACAUAAAUCAAAUAUGAUACGGAUAUUGCCAGUUCCCGAGGCGUGCCUAUAUUCAACUUCUGAACUCUUUGAAAUGUCUCAAAACAGCCCAGCGGUGUCACUGAUAAAUCUAUUCGACGAGUCUCUGCUCCUUAGUUGUGUUUUUCGUCUAGGAAGAGAGGACCAAUAACUUCAUCAUCCCGUCUCUAAUAUGUCCAGUACCGGCAAGUACUCUCUUCUUUCCCUCUACAUUUUCGUCAGCAUUAAUCAGCUAUUUGAGGUCGGAUCGUCUUCCAGCUUUACAAUAUUUCAACAAGGAAUACUGCCUUUAUAAGCCACGAAGGACACAUCGGUGUGAAAGCUCACAAAAUUACGCACGUACACAAUAAGUGCAUCAAGCCGAUAUCAUAUGUAGCAAUAAUCUUAUCCGAUCGGUGACGCAAAGACUUGCUAUGAAGUAUGAACACCAGACUGAUACCGUCGCUAUUGGUCGCUAGCGGCGCCAUUGGCAUCCAGGCCCUCAAUGACUGACACACACAUCGAUGACUCACACACAGACCUGGUCGGUCACUUGCAAAUUCACCGCAUCGGAACCGGCGAACCAGUCCCCGGAUCCUCGACAUACACCCGCCACAUGCGCCUCCAUGCAAAUCUGCAGUAAACCACCACAGACGAAACUCCAUCACUACACGUCUUUCCACCAGUCCGUACAGCACACAAGCCUGUUCCACACCACCCACUACAGGCACGGGACAGGCACCUCUCACAUAAGUGGAAGGGGUCUUCUUCGCCCCCUCCGUGUGGCCUUAUGGUAUUUUAAGACAUACAAGACUCGAUCAACCUACCCCUUUUGUGAAAAGUUUAUGUGUUAUGUGAGAGGCCAGGUCGUGCGUGAGGCGCGGGCAGGCAGCUUCAGCUCCAUCAGCCACCGCGCCCGAUCUGGGCCUAAGUUGGUCGACCGACCAGGACAAUCGACUGGUGCAUGAGAAGGAAGAGAGUGUGGUCAAUUUGGGAAAUUCUGUCCCCACGACACUUCAGCGCAUAUUCUUCAUUAUAAACAAUCCGACGCACGUAAAUAUAUCACGAUGCGCUAAGAGCCAUGGCUUGAAAGCUUGCCAACUGACGGGCUAACGCGGUCUUCCUCUCAGGCUGCAAUGGCUCCUUCAUGUGGCCUCUAUGUCACUCCCACCAAGUUGGUAUCCAAGCCCCUCCCUUCCUGUACGAAAACCUGGUCCAUCGCGCGCGGGCCAUGCGUGUGUGGCCCGUGUAGACUGGCUCUUUAACUUUGUUUGCCACUGCGCCCGAUGCCGCCUCCAGUCUUUCUGACCAUAUCAUGACACCGGAGCCAGGAAUGUGAUGGAAAAGGCUGUGCGGUAGAUGUAACGCAAGGUUACUAUCGUUGCAAGCUAAUUCACGCGAAAGUCGCCGUCCCUGCGCUCACAGUGCCAUGGAGCACAUGGUGAACAUUGUCUGUAACGACGGCUGAACUUCUAUUCUUAAGUUCACAAUCGUUACGUUUUGCUUCUCAACGCCGUAUGUUGGCAAUGGUCAGGACUAGACCUUCAAGACGAGCUUUACGCAGUUAUCAAUUGUCCCAUUGUGCGACUUUGUGCUGUUGGCGUGCUGGUAUGGGGUGGCGGCACAUAUAUACAAGACUAUCUCCAAUGUAAGAUGAAAAUCUCUACAGUCGUUCCGACCAUCUUUUUGCGAAUGCUCCGAUAUUACUUAAACUAAGUGCUGCUAAAAGGCACGUAUAAGGAAAUACGAUGCUGAUCGCCCCAAAACUCCUACUACGGGUUCCUUUCUGGCUGUCUUCAACUGAUUUAUCGCACUUAUGCAGGCGUCAGCCAUCCCUGAGACGUUUUACUUUCACGAGAAAUGACUCGAAAUGAAGCGCACCUCCAAGUACCUCAUAGGACUUCAUAGCCGCAAUAUGCGCCAGUACGAGGAUAUAAUGGCUGGUGGAGCAACACGACCAGCUAAUAUUACAUAUGCUGCUGGUCUUUGCGGCGAUCUGAACUUCAGUUACGCGAGUCAUGAGACAGUACAUUCUGCUCGACAUGCCCAAAUCGAAAUUUUGUGUAAAACAGCCCGAUAUCUUGAAAGUCCUUUAACGGACGGUGAUAUGAGAAAGCUGUACUGUAGUUCAAUGGUGAGCCAGUUCCAUAAUUCGCCUGCUUCGCCCCUCAGAAAUAACCAGUCUGCGAUGAUAAGGUUACUUUUAUGCAUCAUUUUGGUAGAGAAGGUGCUCUCUAGUUGGACGUAAUGCACGGCACCAUGCGGUGGAGCCUUAUGGGAAGACGCCCGGCAAUGACUUUCAACGGAAGUCUGCUUGCGGCCUCCUGAUCCAAGUUGAUGAAAGACAAAAAACCGCCUUGUAAGAACCACAGUGACAUACAUGUCCCCAGCAUUACCGUGAAUAAUUUAACAGUCGUCCUUUUCAGUCGCAUUUACUUGCACCGUCAAGCGCAAGCAAAGAAAAUUCAUGCGACUUCCAACGGACCUAGAUGUUCUUUGACCGGCACUUCUCGUUUCGCUAAGCCCCUGUCAACCGUCACUGCUUCCAAUGACUCGGCAUCGUCUGUUUCGUGAAUAUCAUUCCGGAGUUUGGAUCACCAUUGUAAUUUCCUGUGGUCGAUCACGUUUCAUAAUAACAUGCCGUGGAUGCCACUUCGACGGAUUCAGGCCUAUUGUCACAGACCGAGGUGUAAGGUCCGCGUGAAUGACAAAAGUAGUGAUACCUUCGAUAUAACUUCUGACCUCUGUUAGAACUUUGUGAUAGACUGAGUCCCUCACCUGCCUCUAGUAGACCACCGAGCAUUAAAGUAGGCCGUCGUCUGUGCAUUAUGAUUCCAGAAUAUCCUAUUUAUUUUCUCACCAUCGACGUUUUAUGUACGUCGCACUUAAUGCACUGCUGUACUUAACCUCUUCUUGGACAUGAUGACCGGUGCUGGUCUUAGUAACAGGGAUGCGACAUCUGGCAUUUACUGGUGAUGUGAGGCUAAGACUGGUACUGAGAAUGAUGGUAACGUGGAGGGUAAAGGCAGCUACGCUACUGUGAGCUCCUUCUCUGUGUAGUUCAUCAGCUGCAUGCGUGAUUCCAGCCUGAAACUAUCACGGUACGCCAAGUGUCGUUGCUUGGAAGGUUGCCAACUGACGCUCCAGCUCAUUCCUCGCGAUCAGCUCGGUUGUGUGUAUGUGUUGAGAGGCUGAACGGUGGACAGAGGGCCAGGCUGUAAUGGCUCCUUACUGCGACCUCUGGCACGCCCACCUAGUGGGAUCUGAUCCGGGUGUGGCGGCACGCCCAGGGGCGGCUGCGGUCGUGCCAGUCGUCGCCUCUGUUGUUGGUUAAAAUCCUGGUCGUGUUUGCUGUGAACCAGGGAAUGCGGUGGUACGCCUACAUGUAUGUCCGAGCGCUCCAGCCACCUGCGCCCUCUGCGGUUUCCCGUCUCCUUAACCGUUUCGACACCUGGCCCAGGUGAGGAGGGGGAGGGAGGGGAAAGUGCGGUAGAUGCAGCGCAAGUAUAUUGUCACUAUAAAAGGAAUCCCACGCAAGUAACCAUAGCAGCUCAUACUCAGCCGUGAAGCAUACGGUUAACAUCGUCGGCCACGACAGCCGAACUGUCAUGAAUCGGGCUACACUGUUGAUACUGUUUCAUUGCGGAAGUGUGGCGUGCUUUGUCGCAGGUAAACGCAAGGAUGAAUGAAGCUGAUAUGAAAGUAAACUACAAGACGAUCACCUAAGGCCUUGAGAUCGAAUGUGUUUGCGUGCUCACGGCGAGCAAUACAAUUCCUUGCGGAUAACUUCCAGUUUGGUCAAAAUCUACUUAGUGGACAGUAUGGAAGUGCUGUCAGCCAUCGGAUAUGUUAAGUACGUUCGGUCAUUGUCUGUCUUUGUGCAACCUUAGGAACCAGGCGACUUCAACCUGAAGACCAAGCCACAAGUGUGUUCAGCCUUUGCCAAGACAAUCCUGUGUAGAUUCUAGGCAUCGCCCCUGCCCUCAGGAAACACCAACCAGUCGGGGGUAUUCGACUGAUGUUUUCUAAGCGCUGUUCGUCGAAUUCAUCUCUGAUCGCGUCUCCAGCCAACAGCUAUAUAGUUGGCCAAAAACUGAACUUGUCAGUUGAACCCUCUGUCCUCGCCUGUUGAGAUGGCCCGGCCAUGUGUUGCACCCACGUGAAAGCUAAAUCACUCAGAAUGUCAUGUCUGAGCUCGACCCUGGCUGACUGCCGUCUGUGGCGAAUUAAAAUCCGGAUUGGACUUAAUAAAAGCUGCUCUUGAGCGCAUCCAUCUCCCUGCUUUUUCUAGCCUGGAGGGCUGAUCUGCCAACCGACUACUUCACUCGGAAGUCUGUCACUGACCGACUACACACCUUGGCAAUCAGCCGUAGUCGGCGAAUGUCCUUACAAGUAUAACCAAGUAAACUUUGGUUACAGUACUUUAAGGCCUGUCGUGCAUAUGGUAGAUUCCCAAUUUUUCGGCUUGUGAUCUUAUUUAACUAACAAUGCUACACCGUACGUAAUCACGUCAAACCUCGGCAACUUAACUUGUCCCGUUAAGCCCAAACUUUUUGCAUUUUAUGUGGAAUCUUUGAGCUCGAGCGGUUUUACAUUUCGAAUUUUUGCGUUCUCCGUAUUCGGAUAUAAGUGCCGCCAUAAUUUUAGUUAACAAGAAGCCCAUUUCGUGACAUUGAGAUUAUCAAAGGAACAGGGACCUUGUAAAUCGCUAUUCAACCACCGCAAACGGUUUCACGGACGCUCAGUGAGAAGGUUAUGUCACUUAGGUUGGCCUAAAGUCCCCCAUUUCAGUUCACAAACUUUUGGGCCAAUUCUUUGAGAUCGUCAUCAAGUCACCUCGUCAUCGACCAUCUGAUUUCUCCUAUAAUGUGCUGCCUUUAACGCAAGUGACCUAUGCUGACGGAAUCCGUGCUCUGUUCCUUUCCCAAAGCAGAUUAGCUAUAGCAAUGCCUAGAAUAACUUAGACAUACUUAUGAACCGACUAUCGACAAAGUGCCCAUCUCGCGUAGCUAAAGUGUCAAGAGCCCUUUCUGUGCAGGGACCUACCCUGCUGGCAACAAAUUAACGCUUUAUCGCGCCUGUCUGCUGGACUUCUCCGAUGGGCAUGUUUGUCUUUUCCCUUGAAGACAUUAACCAAAUUUCUUCUGUUUCAGGCAUCGACUACCGUCAAUAAUCGGCCAGCCUGAGUAUCGGAUUUUCGAGCUCAACAAGCGCCUUCAGCAGCGAGGAGAUGUAAGUCGAUUGAUUUUUAGUCUACUCCGUUUUAUCCUCUAGGAGAGUGACAGUUUCUGGUGGGAGACAUUUGUCACAGAUUUUUUCGAGGAUGACGCCACCAUGAUAAUAUCUGUGAUGCUUGAGGAUGGUCCGAAACGUUUCAGUAAGUCCUCCUCUCUUCGCGUUCCUCUAUCUACCUUUCUUCCCCUCAGCCGUAGGUCGAACUCUAAUUCCACGCUAUUUUCGGAGCAUAUUUGAAAGUGGCUGCGGCGAGUUGUACUUCAACCUGCGGGCCACUCGUGACUCCUUUCAUAAUCCCAUCCUCACCCUCGACUCAGACUGUGCCAAUAUGGUCAUGAACAUCGUCCGCCCCCUUCCUGUCACCGUGGUGGUGGAGGGGCGUCUCAGCCUGGAUUUCACCGCCGACGAGCUCAUGCGUAUUCGCCUUUGGACCUUCCAGAUUCGGACACAUCGGGAGCUUAUCAUGCGCUCUCUAUUGACUAUUCAGGUAGACAUGUUUGUCUAUUUGCACGCCUGAUCUUUUUUAUGAGUCUCCUUCCCGAACAGGUGGAGCUGUACCAUUUGACCUAGGCAGGGGUCAACCACGUCCGGCGCAUGCGAAAGAAAGGGAUAAAGCAGGGUGAUGCAGGCACGGUGACUUGCGUGUGAAUUAGUUUAUAGUGAAUGUAGAUUUGCGCUGUAUCUACCGCCCCGUCUCCUCCUCGCCCACCUAGACCCGGUGUCAAGACGAAGCCAAGAAAACCGGAGGCGGGGGAGAGUGAGAGCGGAUAGCGCGACCGAGCCAUCACCUUGACGCUCCACUCCACGCCCCCUCGUUCACACAACAAAUGACCAGGAUUUUUACCAACAACAGCAACACCACAGCGGGUCAGAAGGACGAGGAUGACUGGGCAGUCAUGCUCACGGCCUGUAUACCCAGCGGGAGCGCAGGCGCAUCUACCGGCAGGGAACCAGGUGCCGGAGAACUGCCAGCGCAUACUAGGCUGCGGGGGCGACGGUUUGCUGAUGCUGGCAUAGGAGACGCUUAUAUACCUUUAGGCCCAGAAGGGCAACACAUGGCCCUGCACUUGCCUGGACCGUCACCUUUCAAGGCCGGGUGACAAACCAGUCUUCGACUGAGAGGAACUACCCGUAAAGCAUACACGCACACCUCUCACAUGCGUGAGUGUCACAGACCAGUUAAGACGGAAACGUGAUAGCUUGGCUCUCAGCUCACCAGCCCGCCUCUCCACACAAACACGCACAUAGCUGGGCAAACUGCGUAGACUGAGUUGGGGCGUCAGUCGGCAGCCUUCCAAGCCACGGCGCUUAGCUCACCGUGUCUCAAACUCGGAUCACACAUGUAGCAGAGGAGCUGCAUGGAGAAGGGGCCGUGAAGUACGCCUCCCACUUGCGUAGGAAAUGGUGGCAGCCACCCGUCGUCCAUCCGCACGAGGUGGCUGCUCCAGCGCAGUUGCAAUUGUUUUAGCAUGACGUUGAUGCCGAGGAUUCCUGUCCGUUCCAGUACGUCCGUGUCGGCGAUCUAGUCCUGUCACCUCAGCUUCAGUGUCCGUCGAAGACAGCUGAGGUGGAAGCGGUGGCGUAGUAAAUUUGGCAGUCAUCUUGUCUACCAGACUGCGCGAUUUUGAUGAUCGCCCUGGGGCUGGAUUUUCCCUGGAAGUGCCGCCUACGGGCCGUCAUGGCAAACGUUAUUGCACGAUGCAUCCAACUGAAUCAUUAAUGGUAAAUUCUGCCUAGACAACAAGUAAAACCCUAUUGAACAGAGUUUUGCUAUUCUUGAGGCCCCAAGUCCUCACACAGCGAGUCUCUAGUGGCUGGCAGGACAGCCAGCCCAGGGCUCAGUAGUACAACUUUAGGCCACUUAACGCACAAUGACCCAACACCUGGGUUUGAAUCCCAGACCAUCCUGCUCUGGGGUUGGAGAUAGUUGACUGACGACGGCCGUUAAACCAUCGUGGCCAUCGCGAUCUUGUUUGUCUUUGUCGGUACUCUCAUCUGUUUGGCAGGUGUUUCCAUCAUCCCUUCUUAAAUUCCAUUCCUGCAGGACCCUAACCUGUUUGAGCAGAUCUCCAAAAACAUUACGCGUUCCGGUCUGACAGGCCCCACGCUCAGUUUUCUCCGUCUGUGCGUCAUCCUCGAACCGAUGCAGGAGCUUAUGUCCCGGCAAAAAUCCUAUAAUCUGUCUCCUCGGGACUGUCUCAGAGCAACCCUCUUUCAACGCUGGCAGCGCAUGAUGGCCCCUCAGGGCCAGCCACCUAAACCAGGUACGUUCCUGUCUUUUCCUUCCGCCUCCCCUUAUCACUCCCAUGAAUUUCAAUCAUACGAAGGUAUGGGGCCCGCCAAGAAACCCAACGUUAAGGAAAACUUGACUUGAAAAGAUGUUGGGCCGUUUUUUUCAAGUAUUUUUGAUCCGAAGGAGCUUAUCCGAACUGUUGACACGUUCACAGUGGGAAUUCGGCCCGUCAGGGUCUGGUCUCACACCUCUGACCUUUUAACUUUAUCAGGCUCAUUCUGUGGAAAAUAAUCGCUGAAAUAUUGCAGAUGCCAUCACCCCUUUAUACCCGUCUAUUUUUCUUGUCAUCUACCUGCAGUUAAAUAAUUUUAUAAGGACCGUUUCCGAAAACUCAUAGUGUAUAGCAGUCCUAUAGAGGAUUGCAUUUUCCUGAAAACUAAUUUCUUACGCCUGAACUGCUGGUAAUUAUGAAUCUCUUGACGUUUGACUGAAUGCUCGUAUGUGUAAAUAUCCCCAAUCGGAUGGCCUCUGUGCGCCGGAUUGAUUACUGUCCACAAGUUUUAAGAGAUAUUUUCUCUGAAGUGAGGUUUUCAUGAAGAUGUUUCAGUGCACCGUGCACUGACUGUGGAUUUAGAGGUUUAGGGGAUGCAUAAUCGUAGAUUACUUCGAAGGGUUGAUGUAUCCCAUUAAAGAAAGCAGUAAAAUCGAUAUACUAUCCUUCUAAGCACUUAUCUAGAACUCAGGUUCACAAAGGUGAUAAUUUCGCGCUGAUUCGAGAAAGAGAAGCUGCUCAGCCGAACAGAGUCGUCAUGUUGCUGACGUUUCGGAAUACUUUAUCGGCUUUGACAAUGGAAAACCGACUGAAUUCUCCGAAACGUCAGCAACACUACAACUCUGUUUCGAUGAACAGCUUCUCUUACUCAGAUUAUUUAGUAAGAUUUCAGACGCACCAACCGUAAUAACCCUUGCAGCACAACGGAAAGUUUUUGUUAUAAAGGCAUCUGGAACAUAAGAGCAGUCCAAAUAGCCGGUACUGCAUGCGUAAGGUUAUCUCGUAUGUUAAGGAAAAAGUCAACCGGAAAGCAUCAUGAUUUUUGAUGACUAUGUAAUCACGCCCCGUAAUCGCGGUUUCUCUUAACCAUUCUCUUCGUGGUCGUCUUACAGCCCGAAUUUGACUCAUGAGGACUCCUGAAAAUGCUCUUAGUUAAACCUGACUAGACAAGAAUGAGCUGGAGUAGAGAAUGAUUGUGCCACCUCAGGUCCGCCACUGGUUUUCAGUUAAUGCAAUUUCUAUCUAGAUUUCUAAUUCAUCACCAGGAUCCGUCUGGAGUGAACAGUCGAAUAUGGAGGAACCUCGGGCAGUUGCAGUACAUAGAAGUCAGACCACGGCAGUCAUGCGGCUUGUCUAGCCAAUCGAGAGUUUACAUAUGAUUGCCUCUGUACCUGAUGCUCCUACGUUAAUUUCGUCCUCCCGUACGAUGUCCAUAUAACAGUGAUUCUGAAGGACAGCCAGCUUCUGCACGCUUUAACUACCGAGAAGCAUGUUUCCUGACCAUACCCAAGCGACACGGACUGUGUACUGGGUUUGUUUGCAGGAGAUCGAUCCUCUUUGCGCUCCUCAUGAGGCAGUCGUAUGUGUGCGCAUACCGACGGAGUUGACUGUUUGAGCCACGAGAUGUCUGUUUCUUUGUUUGUGUGUGCACAUGUGCCAGCAGGCCUUCAAAACAAGACACGUCAGAUAAUAAAGUUUGCAUGCCAUGGCAUUGGGAAAUCAAGUUUUUCUGACCGUGAUUCAGGAAGGCUGCCUAGUCGGCCUUAAAAGAGGAGCUUGUAAACCUGAGUUGUUUGGUCCGUGGUCAGCAACUGGUGUUGCAGUGGUUUUAAGUCCUGGUCCUUUUGCAUAAAGGUGCAGAAAAUAAUUAGCGAAUCGACAAUUUUGGGUACUGGAGAUUUUAACAACUUCUCACACUUUCGGUUCUAAGAAUUUCCGGUUAAUGAUCGCUGCCGUUUUCUGCCUCUUGGCAGACAGUACCAGUUGUUAAAUUUCAGUGUCUCAUCCUACGACCUCGAAUCUACCUGUCACGGGAACGAAGGCAAAUGUUCCAAUGGGACAGCGUACUCCUGAACUCUUCAGACAAUAGUCAAAGACCCUGAAAUAGUUUUCUUUAGGGUAGAUUUAUAAAAGAGAAUUCACCUCGGUCUUCCACGGUGUUAUUGGCUCGUUUUCGCCUGCUUGACAACAAUGGACCAUUUUAAUUAACGCCCUCGAUGGCUUCUAAAUGAAGUAUUACGUGAGUAGCACAUAUUUUUGCAUUUUUGCCUUUUCCUCUUGCAAAGUACGCACAGUAAGUGAAAAAUGUCCAAAUUAACGAAGUAUCUAAUCACUUUGAAAAGAUUCAAAGUACAUCGUCUGGGAAGUAGAAUUACAUCGACUAAAACAGCACAGACGUAGCAACGCAUAAAACACCGUCGAAGUAAUUCUCAGGUAAUAUUUCCUCCGAAAAUUAACGUAAUAGGCAGUUAUUAAUGUAGUAUGUGAUUAGGUGUUUCAAAGUGGUGUUACGAGAGUUUGGUGCAAGUUCUUUUACAUAUUGCCCGAGACGUGGGCUUCGAUUGAUUACGUGGGUAGAAACGCCACAGAAAUCGAAGUUUUUGAUGAAAUUACAUGCCCGGAAACCAAUUAUGGACUAAACAUGUGAGUAUAAUUAGCAAAUACAGUCAUAAACAUGUGAUUUUUGCGUAUCAGGAUAAUUUUUCCUUCGCAACAUCAGUGUUUUCUGGCGACAGUGAAAUCCUCUGAGUUUCUAGGCUUCCUUUACUAUUUUGCGAUUUUCAGUCGAUCGCCAAAAAUAAAUUCUAUAGCCUUGUUUAUUUAAACCUUCAAACUAAGACGACUCUUGGAAGCAUAUACCCAUACAGGGUGCUCUCGGGUGCUACGCUAGUGCCGCGAUAGACCAUAUUUGCAGACCUAAGUAUCAAAUCUAAUCACAGGAAAUUGGACGUCCGCAAUGAAGGCCUGCCAUGAGUUAGAUUUUGAUCAAAUUUUAAACCUUCUGUUGUACGUUAUUUCUGUGAAAAGUGCUUCCCUAGAGUACUCCGCCGAUGAACGCCCCACGUCCUCCAUUUUUUUUCCAGAGAGAGGGGAUUGGCACAUUUCAUCCUCAUAUGUGCUUUUCUGCUGCACUAUCUGUCAGUCGCGACUAAACAAACCUCAUUUUCUUUUUAUUUUGAACAGCUCAUGUUAUCCCUACCUGUAAGCUCCGUUCUACGAUUAUAGGUGCACUGCAUACUGUGCUAAAGACUUCAUAAAUGGCUAACCCAGCGCCCGUCCUGCUUCAAAAUUAUGUACUAGCGGAAACCAGACCGCACAUAAGGCACCUUACCAUGGAUGUAGUCUUUUUAAGACAGACUGGACUUCCGAAGCAGCGAUCACAACGAAAGUGUCUCGAUCUGCACGUGAGAAAACGUACCCAGGUUACCUCUCUGAGCCAAGGACCUUGGUGAUAACAUUACGUGACCCCUAGCCGACUCUUUUUCAUAAUUUUUCUUCACAUCAAAGAGAAGUGAGGCAGACGUUCACUCUGUGUAACCUUAGUAGACCCCUGCUGGACUUGAGUACGUUUGCCGGAUUAAGUUGCCGAUUUCUUUGUUGGGUUUCACUGUGUAUAUUGCGCACUGCGUGAGUAAAGCCUCCUUGGACAUUUAAUGCAGAAGAGUGAUUUUUUGUCCCGGGCACUCUUUGCAUACUUUUUUCUACAUCUCACUCGUCAGUCCCUUUAAAAAGCCCUCUUUUUAGUUGACUGCUUCUCUGAAGCACAAUAUAUUUUUAUUUUUUACUCAUAGUAUUCAGCUUUUAGCGAGCAGCCCCUAAAUUCCUGCCUGGCCGAGAGCUCGUGCCGUAUCAGUCGCCAGGCUCCGGAAUCAUGCGUAUGCGCCAGUUCCACCUAGCGCAGUUCCCAGUUAAAAUGUUUUGCAGUAAAAGUAUGCUGGCGCUUGUGACUUUUCCGUGGACAGUAAAUACAUUCGAAAGCAAAAAAUUGCUCGGAAUACCGCCUCGUUUGUAACAUCAAACACAGGCACUUUGCCAUGUGGCCAUGCGGCAUAGGGAAAGUGUAAAACAGCAGGACCUUUUUAAAAUUUUAAAAUAAGCCACCCGAGUGCUCGCCGACCUAUUUUUCUAAUUCCUACUCCUGAAAUUCGUCCAGUACUUCGCUGCAUACUGUACGUCCAGCUUUUAUAGAAUGUUUCCUUGUCAGUGAAAACCGUGCUCUCUCGCAUGGGUUAACUGACCAAUGACAAAUGGAUAUCUGACUAUCCCAUUUGCCUGGUAGAUGUUUAAAGCAGAGAACGAGCUCUUUAUAUACAUGCAUAUUAUCCCACGGGUUCACGUAUAUAAUAACUUGUGAUCGAUACAUCGUCAGCAUUCCGCGGACUGGCUGGCGACGAGUGUGUCAGGUUAAGUUUAUUCACAGAAAAAUUCCAGUGCGGGGCGAUAUUGCAGUCGUGAAGGUUGCUCGUUCGAGAUAGCCCACCAGGAUCGGGAACGUUGCGUGCGCCGAUUUCCGUCGUUUUUCUAUAACCGUAUGGCAUGGGUAGUUUGUUUACAGUACUGUGUCCGCAUGGGCUUACUACACGAUUCGUAAUUGCCACUCACAAGAUAGUUUGUUUCCAAACGACAGGCGUUGAACCGAUCGGCGAUCGGGCAGCGCAUCCACUAUUAUGCGGUAGGGAAGUCGGCUAUGGCAAGUCACAAUUUGUUUGAAGCUUAAGUUCUCCGGCAUACGUUUCUUUGUGUAGGCAUGCAUUUUUUAACGACCCUUCGCAAUCUCAUGGCAUAUGACCACUGUUUUUUUAUCCCCCAAACCAUUUUACAAAUAGUCCUACUUUUUAUUUGUCAGAAGCCAUGGAUGGCAACGGAGAAAAAACUUAACUGAGGGAGGGCGAAGACAAAAACUAGUUUUGACAGCACGAUCCUAGGAAGAACGAUCGUAACAGUGAUGAUUUUCAGGCGUCUGUUGGCCUUUCAUCAGGGUUUUUUGGGCUUCAUCCCCUCCUCCUUCCAGCCACUCAAUGCAGAACGUUUUUCUCUAACAUAGCCUCACGCAGGCCACAGGCUGUUUCAUCUAAAUCCUUCGUUUUUGUACAACUUUAGAGCCAAAUCGACAAGCUAACAAGCGCCGAAAACGCAAGGGCUCCUCGGCAAAUUCUGAAGGCGGCGCCGGCGGAAGUCGUGCCUCCAAGCGCAAGCAGUCACCCCUUCCUAUACCACAGCCUAGUCUGGCCCAACCCGGAGUAAGUGAGCCGCAUUGCUCCACACUCUUCCCCUCAAUUUCAACCUUCGCCAAGGGGUCAGAGUAGGGCAGUAAAGACCUGACUGGGAAUUAACAAGAUGUCUGCUACCGAGGUGGGCAAAGGUUAAUCCGCCCAGUCAAUACGUUACUCGAUAGACUGUGCACUGUUAGUGCCGUUCUCAAAAAGAGUUCUAACAAACACUUGAGUGACUCAAAUUCGCCGCCAUCGGGCUCUUGGAUACGUGCAUUCCUGCUCAAGGACCCAUCUGGACUUUUGACUUUUCCUGCUUCUGCCUUGUAAACGUCCCUGUAGUGGACGCUCAUACAAACAACUUGAGGACAUCUACCAAUGAAAUCAAUUGAAAGCCACCUAGUUAGUCAUAAAAAGGCCAUGGUAUGUAAGGGAGAUCUUGCUUAUCAAGAAGUAAUUGAACGAGGAGAGGUAGGCCGCCCCUACUGGACCCACUGCGUGUCGUGGGGAAAUACCGGUCCUGGCGAGCCAAGGCACACACCGUGCUCGCGUGCGCGCGAUGACGUUUCGGGGGAGGGUGCACUGGCAAGUCGACGAGAGGAGCAAAGUGGUCGGCCACUAUUUCUUUGAAACGCCGUUCUAAACGCGGAAAGCACUUUUUUGCACACCGCGUCGUGCUUGAUGGUGAACACUAUUCCAGCAAUAAGUCUUCCCUGUCUCUAGCCCGCUUGUAGAAUACAAAAUGUCCUGUGUUGCGAAUAAAUUACGCCAAGCCGUUGAAACCCUCAGGUACCUCUUUCCAUUUCAGUUCGUAGUGGUUUAAAAGGAAAAUGUUGCCCUUAGCAGCCCUGGCGUUAAGAAGAUGAAGGGUUGUGCCUAGUUCGCAUACGGUAUGGGCAGCGUAAUUACUUUUGCAGUAUAAGUUGCUCUUAGGCCGCGGGUAAGCAGGAUUGUUAAAAAUUCGGGCUUUUAAAAGAAACCCGUUGAAAGCCUUGUGAAUAAUUCACACAGUAACUGAUGAAAAUUCUUUUUAUGCCGCCAAUCACAUUAUAUGGCCACGAGGUCGACCUCGAAGUCAAUCCCAAAUUCGUUGUGCCAAAAUGUCACUUCCAACGAAUGAAUUACCCGAAUGCCAUUAAUUGCCCUAACGAGCACAACAUCACUGAUACCAUCGGAGUUCUCAUCUAAUCAAAUUCCCGAAUACCCUGAAGGCUUUCUGAACACCAGGAGUCACAAGAAAACCCAACGAUAACUGAAUCGGCAUGCCUUUCACACCUGUCCUCAAAACGGGCCACGCAGUAGAUGCACCGAACCAACACGGUGACUAGGUCGGAGUCCGGCAAGCGUUAUUAGGAGUGCGCGCCCCAUAACAAAUGCCAACAAUGGGAGGGGGGCGUGAGAGCAGGGCCACGUGCUGACCCAUACCGCGCCAAUUGGGGUCUAAGUCGCCUCUCCCUUUUUCUUGUAUAAAAUCCUGGUUAGUGGACCACGGGGUGCAGUAGUACGCGUUAGUGCGGAUUUACGCCGUGCCAGCCGCCUGCGUCCUCUCCCGCCUUCGCUGGCUCUGUUUUAACGCCGGAUCCAGGUGGUGGAGGAGAGUGCUGUAGAUGCUGCUCAAGUCUACUACCACUGUAAACUAAUUCACGCGCAAGUCACCGUCCAUUGGAGGUAUUUGGGUCUGAUAUUUGUCUCCACACUUCUUAUGGAGUAGUCCUUUGGGAUCCGCAUCCAGUCUUGGUUAUUGCCAAAAUGGCUUCACUUCAGCCGUCAUCAUAAAGCCUCAUCCAUAAAGUACAGCUCAUCCCCAGUCGGAAUAAUAAGGGGAUCUGGUUGACAAAGUUGAGAAAUCCGGGGUGAUAAUGUGGGAGAGAGGUACACCGGAACUGAUUUAUUGCACCGCUGACGUUUCGGAGAGCUUGUUCGGCUCGGCAAGCCAUUUGAAUUUCUUUUCGAUUUUGCGCGUCUAACGUCUAGAUGGCGGUGAGCCGACCAAUUUCCAAAAUGUUAAUAGAGCAAUAAAUCUGUCUCGGCGAAUCCUUUCUCCCUCCCAAAGUAACAGUAUUACUUCCAUUUUCUCACUUAUGACGUGGUUAGAACUGGAGUUAAAAUAUCGCUAUUUUUGGUUUGUUGUAGAGGGUAUUGGUAAAGCAGUAAUCGUUGAAACGUUUGAUAAAGUAGCCCAAGACAGGAUGUUCACUGUCUAAUUAAUUCACAAGUUUUCCAGCGUCCCCGAGUGAGGUAAUGCAUAUUAAAGUUUUCUACGCGACGUUCUUUCACCAGAACAUUGUACUGUCAACCUUUAUGAGUUGGGAAAGCAAAUCCAAAUGUUUCAUAUCCAGUAAGUCCUUGUGGGAUGAAUCCUGUCCUUUCCUCGUGUGUUGUUCCAUCUUUGUGUCGCCUCCGACAAGGGGUGGUUGCCGGCUUGGUUACCGAUACAUUGGGCAAUUGGGAUACUAAGUCAACAUGUGACGUAGUUCCAUCUUUCGAAGCAGAUACCUUUCACAGUCGCUGUAGGAAGAGAUUUCGGUUAGAAAUGUUCUUAUCCAAAUGGACUUAAGACUGCCCAGUAGCCCUUAUUCAUUCGCUUUCCAUCUCACAGCGCCUUUUCGAACGCAUCUCUCGCCCUUUUGUCUCUGGCAUGGACCUUGACUACUACGACAGUUUUCAUAUAGUGCCCCGCCUCUACAGCGUGAACUCUACAUACUAUUACUUUUUCACGCACCCCCUCCCCCAACACCUGUACAGGAUGUCAUGAUCGUGGGUGAGCCUACUCUGAUGGGCGGCGAUUUUGGCGAGGACGAUGAGCGUCUGAUCACACGCCUGGAAAACACUCAGUACGACGCAGCAGCAGCCGCGGCCGCCGCCGCAGCAGUCCAGCAACAGCAAAUGGUCAUGAUUGGCGGCAAUGGCGGGGGUCCAUUACCCCCAUCCUUUAGCGGCGGUGGCGGAGGAGGAGGAGGCCGAACUGGUGGCGGUGGGAGUUUCCCGCCUGGUGGAUUCGGCCCCAGUCCGUCUUCGGCCCCACCACAACAGCAGCCCCUUUCCUCUUCCUCCGCUCUGGGUCCAAUGCUCUCCUCUCCCGGCGGCGGCGCUGGCCCUAUGCCGCCCAUGCCCAGCCAAUCACCCGGUGGUGGUGGUAGUGGCAUGAUGUAUAGCCACCACUCCCAUCCACCAUACAGUGCCCCCAACAAUUUCUGCUCUCCUGGGGGCCAGCUUCAUCCACCGAUCUCCGCCACACCGCCAGGGCAGCAGCAGCAACAGCAGCAGUCGCAGAUGGCUCUGAAACAGUCACCAAACGUGGUGUCAGGUAUGGGCCCAUUCAGUGCCGGUGGUGGAAGUCAUCCGAAUUCCGUCUCUGGUUCUGUGCCUCCCUACAUGAUGGGUCCCGGCUCCUCGAUGAUGCCCACGCAGCCGCAUGGAAUGCCUUCUAGUGCCCCACCCACCCAAACUGCACAUUCUAGGAUCCUCUCGCCGACGCCGACAAAUUCCUGUACGUGGCCUUCAUCAUAAAAUCCCUUGAGGCCUACUUUUUUAGAGAUAAAUCUGCCAACCAUUUUAUACAGGAGGCAGUCACGAUCGGUUGAGUGCCUUUAGCUUGCGGAUGUUGUAUGAGCUACGGGCCACGUUUUUAUCACGUUUUUAACGAUUGGCCUGAUUUCCUUUAGAUAUGAUUUUGAGUUUCUUCUGAGCAUCUUAUUAUUGAAAUUUCUUCUUCUCACUUCGGAUUUCUGAGUCAGUUUGGGCCGCGCCCACAAGUCUUCCAUUGUUGUAGCUCUAAACCAGUUUCCACAUUUUCUUUACUAAACUACAUUUAUGUAGGUCAUCACCCUAUGGUCCUGCUUAUUUCCAUUUUUUAUUUCGCUGUUCAGAAAAUUCAAAGUUCCCGAAACAAGCCACACAAACUUGGUUACUUAUAUCAAUCUUAGUAAGUAUUUCAUAUUACCUAAACACAUUUACCAACUAAUGCAAUUCCAUUUAGGCCGUGAACUUACAUUAUUUUGGCGAUCUCACCCUAAGGAGUAGACAGCAGUUGCGAGUGUUUUAUGGACUUGGAUUGCAAUACUGCGUUGAUUUUAUGUUGCUUUCCUCAUAAAUAACCCUCUGCUAACUAAUAACCCUCCACAAGGCCGGUUGAUUUGAUAAGCGAGGCUUUGAGUGUGCGAUGGCUACUACAUGUAAAAAAAUGGCAACAAAUCUAUCCCUCUCGUGCUAUUGUCCCAAACUUAUGUCCUUGUCGUUUUGUAAUUGCUGAAGAUAUUCGGGCUUUUAGACAGUCUUCUGUGUUUGCCCUUCCCAUGACUUCUGCGAUCUUCCUUCCUUUCCACUUUGCCUCUUCUGGUCUCGCCCCCAACCCAAUUUGAUAGUAAUGCUUCCCUUACUUGCUGGCUGUGACCCGCUCAAAAAAUUUAAUUUAAAAGAACGAAGAUUACUGCUUUUAACAAGCCCAUCAUCUGUUCUUGUGUUCUUCAGCCAACAGCGCAGUGUUUGCGCCACCCAGUCUGCCCUGCCCAGAGUCCAAUAUGGGAAUGAGCAGCCAGCCACCGCGUUCCAGUAGCGCAUCUUCAGUUUUAGGGUCCGGUGUGCCAACUGUUAAAACGGAAUCCUGCCAAUCUCCCGUCGUCGGAGCCGGUUCCGGCUUUCCAAUGCCCCUCGGAGGUGCCACUGAGGGAAUGACCCCACCGCCACCACUGCCACCGCCCCCGUUAUCGGCCUCUUCCAACACCGGCAUGCCGCCUAGCAACGGACUUGGGGGAAGCAUGACGCCAGGCUCUGUCAACAACAACGCGGUGGCCUUCCCCCCUCAAAAAAGUCCUGCCCUGAACAGUCCCAACGGCAGUUUCGCCGCUAGCACCCCAUUCCAGUCCCCACCACUGGCUGCCUACGCAUCUCAGUCUGGUGCAGGAGGUGGAGGUGGUGGUGCCUUUGGCCAGAUGUCGCCCUCCCCAAUGAUGCCGAAACCUGCCCAUGGACCUCGUACCGGCAGUGGACCUAAUUCCCAUCCCGUACUGGACGGUAAUUAUCUCCUUUGCAUUAUCCUCUAUGUGUUCAUUUGUUAAUUUUAGUGGUGUGUAAAUCACGUCGUGGCCCUGAUGCACGAUUUUCGCUUCUUUCACUCUUUAGAAGCUAUCUGGGCUUCCUGACAAUGUCUUAUCAGUCUAGACAGCGUUUAUACUUGUUGUAGUGGACUCAUCUUAAUCGUAUCACAUAAUAGUCAAAGUUGAUAUGCUAUUCAUCGCUGCAGCUGCUUGGUCGAUCUUACUAUCAUGCUAAAUGCGGCUAUCCAAUCAAAAUAGGCAUUGGUUGCACUCUAUAAAAAUUACUCCGUCUCCGGUUCCAAGUGUUCAAUGAAGCUCGGAAACAGAAGUAUCGAUACAAUAACAUCGAGGACUUUAAGGGCGCUGUCCUAGCAUGUCGUCCUGCAGUCAUAGUUGAUUUCGCUAGUUCUUAGCUCCCCCAACGCGAUCACACAUCCCCCGCGGUCUCCCGCAAGGUUCGUAGCGGUGUCCAUUAAUCUUCUUAACAAUCGCCUCCAGUUCAUCAAAGGCCUCCAGACCUCGGCAAAUUAUGUCUUUGCUCACCACUGUUUACUCCUUAUGUGAAUUUAUGCUUGAGAACCGUGAUGGGCUCUGGUGGUCGACGGAACCUGGGACGAGAUCUUACGUUAGUUGUCGUGCUGCUCAACAGCAUGUGGUCGUUAAAGGAGUUCAAGUUUUUACAUACUUAGGCCUCAACUUCCGAGUGGUAAGCCGUUGUUCACACUAACCAACCCUUUGAACGGACGCGGUUUUAACCUUCGACUAAAUCUUUGCGUCUGUAAUGUAGUUGUUCUCAGAUCGAAAACUUUAUGUCUGGUAGAAGGACGCUCACCGUUCGUUUUAUGGAACGCGAUCGUCCCAUUGUGCCUUGGGGCACUCUUUCGGGCCCAACCAGCAGCCGCACAGCAGCGCCCUAGCGUCCUACACUUCGGCGUUGGAUAUGAUUGGCUGACGACGGAUAAUAAGCCGGAAAUGGCCAUUCCAGUCUCCCCUUUGCUAUUCAGCCUUACGUCUGUUGAAAAAAAAUUGCCGCAGAUCUAAGCGUUGUUCGUUCGUGUCUGUCUCUACCGUCAAUUUUCCAACGCGACAGCCCAGUUAAAAUGCACGUAACUGCUGAGUGAAGCUCUUUACGUCACGUGCGUCUCACUGGCUCAAGAUGCGUACGUCUCAUUUCAGGCCGAUGACAACGGAGACCCUUGAAACUCCCACUUCUGUAUAAGUGGUGUUGCCCGCGGAGACAGAAUCAUCGACCCUCAGUCAAUUGUAAUUUGUUGAACGAGUCACUAUCAGCGCAACGUUGCACUCAUUCCUAUAAGAAUGUUAUAGACGAGUGCAAAGGCGACUCAACGGUGCGCUUCAGGCUUUCUUUCCAGAGUCCGCGUUCUAACACCAGGCCGAAGAGAUCUAAAAUUUUAAGCAUGUCAGAUGGUAAGCGAUCGCCGUUCAUGUCAAGCGUUUGACCACUCAAACUACUGACCCAUAUCCUGUCUGCCGCGAUUCAGACUGUUCAAAGUCACACAGGAUGGAAUAUGGACGGCCAUUUUGACUUCGUCCCGGGCCCUUAUAGGUGGUCGGGUAGCAUCAAGUUGUCCGUGACUUAACGUGCAUUGUCUAUUAUUUUUAUCAAUAUUCCCCUUACACUGUGGUUUUCUUGUCGUUGUUCGACCGCCUGGGGCAACUGCAGACCGAAAUGGCCUAGAAUCUAUAAUUAGGAUAGAUCGGUGUAUUUCUGUCGAGCGUGAUUUACAGUUUGACCGCAGUCACCAUGCUGAAGUGGAUUAUGUGGGUUUAAUUCUAAAUUUGUGUUUAAGGCCUUGAUGCUAAGCAGUGGCGUGUGCGUCAGAUUUUACCCGAACUUCCACUCUUGUUCGGAAAUUGACUUUGUCUUGGUUAGGUGCGACGCAGGAAGCUUUGUAGGUAGUUUGCCACUAACUGACUGUGCAUUGCAGAUGCAUGUGCACUUUUUUGUGCCAGCGUCUUUAAAACGACACCACUUUUGACUUUCCGCAACUCUUAUAGUCAUUUAUGAUCGAAGUAUGCUAUUCAAGUUUUGUUUAAACAAAUUUGCAUAACAGCCAAUAUUCGCGUUUCUUCCCCAAAUUCCCGAGCAGCCUCAUUUAAAUGUAUGAUUACUUUUGUAAAUUGCAGUGCUCUAGUCAUAGCUGCUUAGUUGGGUUUCAUUUGUAACUUUUUUCGCUAAAAAAUACUCGGACUACCCCUGCUGUUCUCUUCUAUGGCAACGAUAAGGUGAAGGACCCCACUUACCUGUCUGCAGACUAGAUCGUGUCAGGCAGUAAUGGUGGUAAGGUGGGUUUUACGGGUGGGGCAGCACUCCAGACAGUAAUUUAAUGAAGAGAAAACACGGAAAUUGUUUGGAUCUCUGUCGAAAGCCGUAUCAUACGCUUUCCUGUGGCAACGGCAAUAAGCCUCUUAAUUAAAAAAUAGACAAAAGGCGAAUUUUCAAAAAAUGACGGAGUUUGAGUAAUGGUUUGAGGUCAGGGGAAGAAAUUGUUGUUGGCAGUCUCAUGUUGGCAACGGCCUGCAAAUGGAUGUCGAUAUAAAACCCCAUAUGACACGAUCCGCAGUUCACUAAAAGUUAAGUAGAGUCCUUCAAUCUACCGUUGCCUCAGCCGAUUUACGUUGCCCAACAUUCUAUUAUUCCUUCGAAUAAAAACACUAUUCUUAAAAGGUAAGCCAAAAUGGAAUAACAACCGACUGGUCUUCGACAUUUUCGAUCCUUACACCCAUCGGUUCCAAGCUUCAUUGCGUUUGAUGUUCCGACCUAUACACUCCUGGCUGGCUGACCCGUAUACUUUUAACGUUUAACUAUUCUACAGACCCUGCAUAAGGUGCAGCGUCAUGGGGAAAUACGAUUAUAUGGAGACACACUUCGUUCGUUUCCGUCCACUCAUUCUCAGCGCGUGGAAGAGGAAAUUAUUUUCUUCAAGGGGCUUGUUGUGAGACGUCGUUCGACGAGCCGUUGUGUCGCAAUCUGCCCUGAGCAGGCGCAUAUGACCUCUAUCACUCGCUUAUUCGAAUUUCACACUUCGUUCCCUCGUUAUGUUCCUAUAAGGCGUGCAACGUAAACCUAGUUACUCAGUCUUGGACGCCCAUUUAACCAUACUGAUCGAAAUGACGAAUCUAACCAUGGUUCACCCUCCUUCACUCUUUUGAACCCGGUUCCUGAUCUGAAGGUUCUGGACCCUCCUCCGUCAGUCGGCCAGAUAGCCGUUCUGAGACCGGAAGACCUACCAGCGCCGGCCCUAAUGGUUUCCUCAGUCUGCCACCCGUCAGUAGUGAUCUAACGGCUGCGGUCCCCUCCAAGCAGAUCAGUGGUGCCCAAUCAGUCUCCAAUGGAAAUAUGAUAAUGCACGGUUAGUUUUGCCUCUGCCUCUCUCCGCCGUUAUCGGCCACUUUUAUACGCCCUCCGCGCCCCUUCAGCACACCCCGUCGUUUUUUUCGGUGGACUAGGCACAGCUUAGGAUCUUUAGAAAGCCAUGCUCGGAAAUUCCCGCAGUUACUGGGCAAACGUCUGACAUGCGGGCACUAAUCGCCGACGGCUACUCAUGACUUCUGCUGGCGUUUUGUCAGCUACUUUUUUCUAUUGCUGGUAUUCCACACCUCUAUAGUUGCCAUUCAGCGUACUCCUGUAAUCAAGGUUUUGUCAGAGGUAGACCAAUUCUUUAUCUGACCGUGUUGGACCUAUUCGGAUUAGGAAGUACAUCGCUUUCAUUUUGUAGUACUCACUGCACUCCUUGGAUUUCGGCUAAUUCCUUGCCCCACCACAUAAAAAAGUAUUUAAUAUAAUUCGAUCAUCUUUAAAGAUGAUCACCGUCGCCUCAAAACCAUCCCUGGGGUGAAGUACGCUGAAGUCACCUCAAAUAAGACGGUCGGAGCUCGCUACGCAGCCAUUCACGCAAGCACAUCUCAGACCAUCCAAGAAAGACGACUGGGGUGGUUUAGACACCUGCGCCUUCCACCUCAUAAAUUCAGUGUUGCUGUCCGCGAUACUUUGUCGUUACCUACCUAGAGGCGCCCGAGAGAUCCGGGGUAUGUAAGACUGUACUUCCUCAAGUUGACGGCCAUUAAUUCCACAGAGUGCCUUCUGGCCAGGGAUGCCGCUCGAAAACACGGGACUUUCCAGCGUUUACGCAUUAACUGACGUAUUUACCGACUUUGUUCACCCGCGACGCCACAAUUUGUAGGUUACCACUGGUCGAGGCAUGGCAUCGUCAGUGCACUCGAGAUUAGUCGGCUGGCUCACAGGUGCAAAUUUGCCAUUCUCAAUGCCGCGUAGGGCUCUUCCUAGAAUCUAGUCAAUGGCGUAGUUGGAUAGAAUAGGCAAAAAAUACGACCCUGUCGAACCCCAGAUCGAAUAUCCAACGGUUGGGAGAGAUUGUUUUGAACAAAAUUCGUGCUGUGAUGGAGUGAGACCAGGCGCUGAUCAUAUCAAUUACUUUUGCCUGCGUACCGUUUAGUUGCAUUAUCCGUCAUACGGACCCACGAUAGGCGGGAUCAGACGCUGCGGCGAAGUCAACGAAGCAGACAACCGUCAGUUACUGGUAGCCGUAAUAGAAUUCAAAAAUGCGUCACAAUGUAAAUAUAUGAUUAGCAUUGCUGUAAACCCAGCUUGUUUGGGUCUCGUCCUCGAGUCAAGUCCACUCUGAUAUCACCUCGGAGUAACGGCAACGAAGACGUUUGCAGCAACGUCGAUGAGGUUUAUUUUGCAGUAGUUUUCGCACUUUGACUUCCCUCCGUCCUUAAAGACGGACGCAGGGAUACCCAAGCCCCGAUCAUCAAGAACGAACUCAUCUACCCCACGCUUGCUCACUCAUCUCAUGGAGUCAGGACGCCAGAGUUAACACAGGACAUGUGGAUUUCGGCGGGAUACCGUUCUCUUCCGGGCCUUUUGCGGUCAACUUAUUGCAUCAGCGAUCUACCCCUAAGAGGGAGCCACAUGGUAGGCUGGUCGUCGAAACUAAGAAGGUGCUUAAAGUACUGAAGGCGACGCUCAGCCUUGGCCGAGGUGUCAGCCACAAAGCCGCUAGGUACACCGCGAACGGUCGCUUAAUUGGUAGAGUUUUCAAGUGCCACCGACGUUUGAGACCUGCUCCGUUAGCGAAUUUAUUUCAGUCCAAGAGUUUUUGCGGUCACUUUUUUGCCGAAUUUGCCGUUAUUUUGGAGUUGGCGGAAUGACUCACUGUUGCGGGACCUUGCUCGAGCCAUCUGGGCAGGCAUCUAAAGUGGUCUUCCGCAUAUCUAGUCACUGGGGUCCCGCUCUAUUAAUCUAAGAAUUUGCUCAACCGUUUAGCAGACUGCUGACGUCAACAAUGACCAUAUAGUACUACCCUCUCCUCCGACUGUGCUGCUUCGUCGUGUUUUUGUAACAUCAAGAAGUCUUGCACGUGACAAUUUUGGUGCGAAUGAUGGAUGAACUUUUUGGCUUGUGCUACCGAGCAUAUGGUGUAACCUAUGGGUGUCGCCAGGUUUGGUACCGCGCAUCGAUUUGUAAUCACGAACCCAUUCAGGAAACCUUGAACUGACUACAAUGUAGUCAAUCUGUUUAACCGUAGGGCCAUCGUUUGAGUACCAGCCCAGCUGAUGUUUGAUUCAGUACUGGAAGUACGUACUGGUGACAGCCAGUCGGUUUCGGUCGGUAAAAUUCAAAAUCCACUCGCCAUUUUCACAUCGCAAUCUAAACUCGAAGCGACCAAUGAAGUGACCGAAAAGUCGCCGAGCUCCGGUCCGAGGCAACAGUCAGAGCACGACGAGGACGUUUUUCAACUAACUUUUUCAGCUGAGAAUAGACGGUUCCUUUAUCGUGCUGUUCGACAGCUGGCGUUGGUGAGUACUCAGAGAUGCUCGUAAAAAGUGACCCUUCACAUUCGCGCAAGUAGUUCACAGCUUGCUUGUUGCCAGAAGCAAUCAUCACGCGUUGUGUAUUAGAAGAGUGGCGCGCCAUCUAUGAUUUCCACAUGACCUACAUCUCAGCACAUUUUGAGGAGCAUGACGAGCGGCAGCCACAACAUCCUCGCCAGUUUUCCUCCUUUUUUUCUAAUGUAUUCGUGUAAAAUCCAACCCCUCUUGCUUCCCUAAUCCCCUUACAAAGGUGAUGUUGUCCCAGUUCCAGUUGCCGGAGGAGUUCGUAUCGAUUCGCGGCAGUAAGAGCAACCUCCUUCCAACAGUGAACUUCUUUCUUCUCCCCACUCUCUCCCCUCUUCUAAUUUGCCGGUAUGAUAAAGACUUUAUACAGUGCCGAAAGCCACCGCGGCUGAAAGUUUGCUUGUUGCGUGCACGAUUAUCGCUCUUCGUUUCAUGUCCCGCCUCCUUCUGCGCCCCUGCCCACAACUCCGACAGCUACCUGCUCGCCUGCUUAUUUUUCUUCCUGUUUUCUCGGCCGCAUGUCUACUCUUUGUUGCCAUAACUGCAUGCUUUUAGCCAGUAAUUGUACCAUGAGAGUUUUAAAUUGAUUUCAGGUCUGCAUGCGUCCAGGGAAAUGCCGACGGUUAAAAGGCUCGUCGAAAACCUCGUGUGUCUGUCGGCUCUUUUUUAUUUAUCUGUGAUGAUGGUUGUGCUGGUGAUGACGACGAUAAUAAUAAUGUCUGCAGACCGAUCCCUCUCGCCUGUCAGGUCUUUAAGAUAUGCGCGGUGUCAUGUUGAAGAGCUCCCUACCGCUAGGACCUCCGUGAAAUCACACUGGAGGAUCUUGAGUUACAUCCAGGGAUUCGAUUAUGUAGCUACCAGCCGUGCCUACCGAACAGGAGGCCGGUAAAUGAGCACAGAUGUUUACAGGGUGUUGCCUCUUAGGUAAACAGCGUUGAUCGUUCGUCAGGCCAUUUUAUCCUUUGCCCUUUUAUAUUAAGCUCGUCCCCUGCAAGCGGCGGGGCCAACACUGUCUAGAAGACGAUGCCGUGGCGACUUGCACAUGAACUUAUUGAUAGUGAAUUAGCUUUGCUUUCCAUCUACCUCACUUCUCAUUCUGCCCACCUACGCCAAACAAUGAGCCCGGACCUUCUUGGUCCUUCACAGCGCCAUUGUCUGACGCAUGUGCUUCCACGUAAUUGAGGACGACGACGACGGAGUAGACCGUACUUCUAUCGACUGAACUCUGUGCUCCAGGUGAUUACUGGCAUGUCUGUUGGGAUCGGAUUUCGGAGAUCUAUCGUGCCACGGGAGUCGUCGGAUGCCAGGUUCUCCAUCAAGUAUUUGAACUCAGUGUGAGCCCAGUGGGAUGGAAGGGGAAGGACAACGCAGUCUCGGAUUAAAAGUCGUUGCGCGUAGUGGCCAGUGACAAUACGUUCGCCUCCAGCGUCUUGCACGAUUUCUCAGCAAUAUCCUGGCGACGAGUAAUUAGAUAAACUUGUCUGCGUAAAUCCGUCUGGUCCAUACUUAUUGCUACCUCUUGGAAAUCAGAUUACUCUAUCGAGACUGCGCUGAUGUUGGUGUUGUUUGGUGGAAAGCAAUCUCUCUGUGGAGGCAGUUAAGAUAGACGCCGAGCAGGUGAGACAGAUCCCGCAGUUGGCUUGCGGUAGACAACGUCUUGGUACAAUAAACAGAACGGAAGUGCGCGUCGAUCUAAGUUGCGACGCCGCUUCGUCUGACGCCUUAUCACAGUAUAAAGAAGACUGGGCGCCGUAUGCACAGGUGCCCCGUUUAAACCAGUUUUAAGGUGGAAACUUGUCAGCCAACCGCAGUUAAUGUGAUUAAAAGAAUAAAAGCAAAAAUCGCGUCAUGUCCGUUCGUUUAAUCGAUCUUAUAGUUUCCAAUUUUUAUGAUGCCUCAAGUCUUCUAUGUUUGGUGUCAUGUUGCAAAAUGCGUACUCACCCGAAGCUGUUGUAUCUCAGCCCCAAAACCCACAUGUUUCUUCUCUGUUCGCUACUGAUCUGCCGUUUUAGAGGGUCGUGCAUCCACUAAGUUAGGGUUGUAUCAGGACUCUGUGCUGAUCACUUUUGCGUCUUUCCAGUCAUUCUUGGUGGUACUGUCUUCAGUGCUUUUAUUGCUGUUCACUGAGAAUCACUUUGGAUUUCAUAAUAUGCUCACAACGCGCCAGUUUGAGAUUUAUUUCCCUCCACCCGUCAGUUAAGCAUGUUUUCAAGCUGGAUUUGUUUUGACUGGAGCACCGGCUCUAACGGAUACGCUUGUUAGACGUCUGACUUUCCAAAGUGUUCUUUUGGCUCCGAGACGGGUGGAUUCAGUGCACGACCCAUGGUAUAAUGCCCCUAGUUUAACAGCGUCACUUUGCAUGUACAGCAGAUCGUCAAUGCUAGCGGCGAAUUGACAAUUGUGGCCCGGGUUUACUUGAAAAUUUCUUGCCAUCGGAGUCGGAUGGCGGGUCGAGAAGAGAGGACGAAGGAGAAGGGCGGGGAAGGAAGGGUGUCUUACAGAGCCCUAUUCGGAGAUGGGCUUUUUGCAUUCCUUCUGAAAUCAAUUUAAUUGUCCGGGAUUGUGACGGACGACGAAUGGGACCGUAACUGUUGGUAGGCUACAUUAAACACCGUUUUAGCUUGUGACAUUACGAUGCGCCAGACCAUCACCGAACCACAAGAGCCGGUCUCUCACCUAGCCUCCGCCCGAACCCUUUACACUCGCCGCCUUUUGACGCGUCGGACUGCUAGGCUCUCAGACCUCGUUUUCGUAGAUUUCCUGUGGUCUCGGAAUGAGGAGUCGAAAUGGCUCUUUGAAACGUCUGUCGUCCUGUGAGCAUCCUAGCGAACUCUUCAUCCGCUGUUACCCCUGAAGGCGAUUUUAACUACUGGUGAAAUUGUUUUUGGCAACAUGGUUUUUUACUAUCGCUAACUACUUUUUCCCAUUUUUGCCACCUAUGAGUUGCUUAAGUUAGUGUGUAUAGACUGGGGAACAGGUAGUUGCGCUUAGGUUCAUCCUCCAUUUCUUUACUCCUGGCUUUUAGAUCGUUUCUUCUAAUACGCACUUUCCUUGUGAUUGGGAAUGGGCGUAUGCCAGGGACGUGUAAUGCCAAUGUUGGGACGCCAUUUCAGUGGCUGAUUUUGUUCCUGCUGCCAAAUGCUCUCCGUAGCUCCUUUCCAUUUGCCUAGGGAUUCCUUGUCGUAGAAUAUGCUUCUAGGAGCCUUCUGGUACUCCACCUCCCGCCCUGCAUGAACCGGUCGAGUUUCUUGUCUUGCAUUUUGUUCUUUCUGCCGACCGCCUGAGGCCGAUGUUCUUCUUUCUGUAGAUGUGGACGCUGGCUUCGGCUUUCUCCUCGUUGGAGGAAGCGGUGGAACCGCAGCGCCACCACCACCACCAGUUUUUUCUGCCAGCCUCGCCCACACCACCUCUGAGAACCCCGGUCUUGACAAUCCAAAAAUUCCAGAAUUCCUGCCCCUCGUGGAUGGCUUUGAGGAGGAGCUCGCCCAACAACAGCAACACUCGAAGACCGCACCCCUUCUCUGCGAUGGUCUGCUUACGAGCGGAACUCAAGCUGUCAGUUCCAGCAGUAACAGCAAACCCCCACUCCUUGCCUUCAUAGAAUCUCAGUCCAGCGGCGGCGGCGGCGGUAGCGGGGAGACUGGUGAACCGCCCUCCUUGUCCGCUGACCAGCAGCUGUUGCAAAAUAGUUCCGCUCCCAGUGGACCCCCGCUCUCACUGCAGCCCUAA